AUCACCCUUGAGGUCGAGUCGUCGGACACGAUCGACAACGUCAAGGCUAAGAUCCAGGACAAGGAGGGCAUCCCGCCCGACCAGCAGCGCCUCAUCUUUGCCGGCAAGCAGCUCGAGGACGGCCGCACCCUCUCGGACUACAACAUCCAGAAGGAGUCGACCCUCCACCUCGUCCUCCGGUGA